CAUCAAAAAUUCACUAUGGAACUUAUCUAAAUGCACUAAAUUACACAUUAAGCGAGUAUCUUAAAUCAAGACCUGCACACACAGUCGCAAUCUAAGCGCAUAAACAACAAGAACAAGCCCCGCAAAAUGCAAAUUUGCAGUGAUGAGGUGAGGGGGUUGGGGGGUUGAGCAAAUUGAGUUGGCAUGGUCAGGGACUAGAGAUUGCGGACUCAUAGACUCAUAGACUCACUUGCCCUAGCUGCUUAAUUUGCGUGCGAGCUUAUAUUUUUUUCUCCCACUGUUGCCUUGCCUUCCGUGCCCUCCAUCGAUUAUGUAAAUGCGAAAAUUUCCAUUAAAUGCAUUGAAUUCCAUUACGAACGCAUCAUCAUCAUCUUCAUAGUCGCAGUAGUAGUGAAUGAGGGAACGUUGUAAACCAGAAACCCAGACAGACAGACAGAUUCAGAGGCAGUGGCGGAGAUCUCAGCUCUGGGCGCCCAUUGUCUUGCGGUAUUGCGAAUUUAUGGCUCAACAACUGCGAGUCCGGCACAAUGAAGUCAUUUGCUGUGGAAUGUUCGGCGGUCGUCGAGGCAAGUGAAAAUGCCUGGCCCGAAUAUCGUAAAUCGUUUACUGGUCUGUUGUCUGUUGUCUUUUUUUUCCCUCGUAGGUAUUUUCAUUAGCCAAACACAAAUUGAGGCAACACGACACGACACACAAAACCGAAAGAAAAACACUUAACAUCAACACGAAAAAGACUAAGCAAGCAGCAAGGCUAAAAAAUCAGGGGGAGGGGGUCGAGGCAAGUCGGGCUUAACAUGGCUCAGAUCAGCUCAGGUUGGCUCAAGCGGACUGAGCGAGAAAAACCAACAGAAACUACUGUUUAAACAUCUCUGCAAGCCGCGCUUGCACAUGGAUUUUUACCUGGUUCACCCUUUUCCAAUGUUGGCCAAUGACCAAACAGAAGCUUACGGGUAUUUAUUCCACCUGGCGGUGGGUUAUAAUUUGCGUACUUCAUUUUGGGGCCAUAAUUUCGACUGUUUCGUCUGUUGGGAGGAUGUGUGAAAGUGUCUGUCGGCCUGCGGCAUUUGAAACUCCGACUGCAGCAAAUGUGCAGCCAAAUGGAUCUUUUGUUUGCCGGCUUUCACCACAAACGCCGCUUCACUUUUGUAUUUGGCUACGCAUUUCACACUUUGAGUGCGGAAAAUCUCUCUCUCUCUCUCUCACCGACUAACAACUCAAAACUGGCAACUGUAAGCGAAACGGAAAUCAUUGGAAAAGCUGGAAAAUGCAGGGGGAAAACAGAGACUGUGUUGGCGAAUUCGAGAGGCCCAGCAAGACCUUGGUGCUGUUAAUCUUCACCUUGGCGGUUAUCAUGAAGUUGGGCAUCAUUUUGGUGGAGAUUAUGGUGUGAGGGAAU